ACCCCGCAUUCACUAUAUCCGCUCUCCCCGGACCCCGCAUUCACUAUAUCCGCUCUCCCCGGACCCCGCAUUCACUAUAUCCGCUCUCCCCGGACCCCGCAUUCACUAUAUCCGCUCUCCCCGGACCCCGCAUUCUCUAUAUCCGCUCUCCCCGGACCCCGCAUUCACUAUAUUCGCUCUCCCCGGACCCCGCAUUCACUAUAUCCGCUCUCCCCGGACCCCGCAUUCACUAUAUCCGCUCUCCCCGGACCCCGCAUUCACUAUAUCCGCUCUCCCCGGACCCCGCAUUCACUAUAUCCGCUCCCCCCGGACCCCGCAUUCACUAUAUCCGCUCUCCCUGGACCCCACAUUCACUAUAUCCGCUCCCCCCGGACCCCGCAUUCACCAUAUCCGCUCUCCCUGGACCCGGCAUUCACUAUAUCCGCUCUCCCCGGACCCCGCAUUCACUAUACCCGCUCUCCCCGAACCCCGCAUUCACUAUAUCCGCUCCCCCCGGACCCCGCAUUCACUAUAUCCGCUCCCCCCGGACCCCGCAUUCACUAUAUCCGCUCUCCCCGGACCCCGCAUUCACUAUAUCCGCUCUCCCCGGACCCCGCAUUCACUAUAUCCGCACUCCCCAGUCCCCGCAUUCACUAUAUCCGCUCUCCCCGGACCCCGCAUUCACUAUAUCCGCUCUCCCCAGACCCCGCAUUCACUAUAUCC